AUUUAUACAAAUAAUCCUAUUAAGAAUUUUAUUAAAAAAUAUUGUUAAAAGUAUAAUUCAAUACUGCAAUAGUAAUAUUAUUUUAAUAGUAAUAAUAAAGAUUAUAAAUAUAAUUUUUAUAAGGAAUAAAAAUGAUCCAUAAAAAUAUAGUAAAAAAACUUUUAAUAACUUUAAUUUUAUUAUUACCACUUUUCAUCGAUAAUGCAAAUGCUGGUAAUCUUUUAUUUCCCCCCACUGCCACCAAACCAACACCUAAACCAACAAUAACACCCAAACCAAUAGCAACACCUAAACCAACAGGAACACCUAAACCAACACCUAAGCCAGCAGGAACACCUAAACCAACACCUAAACCAGCAGGAACACCAAAACCAACAGGAACACCCAAACCAACAGGAACACCCAAACCAGCAGGACCAGGUUCCUAUGGUUCAGAAAUUAAUGGCCAUAGACCAAAUUGGAUUGAAAGAGCAAAUCAUUUUUUAGUAAAUGCUCUUAGAUUAGAUCCACAAGGUUAUAAAAAAAACUAUUUUAAAGGUGGAGAAAAAUUACCAAAUGUAUUAAAGGAAAAUGGUAUUUAUAAACCACAAGAGCCAUUAUACUAUAGAUUAGAUUUAGAUAAAGCAGCUUUGGCUCAUACCGAAGAUAUGGCAUCAACUCCAUGCUUUAGUCACAAUAAUUGCGAUGGUUCACCGGUCGAAAAGCGUAUUAGAUCAUUCCUCAAGGGUUGUGGCCCAAAUCAAAAGUAUAGCUCCAUUGCAGAGAAUAUUGUAAAGGCCCAUUCCGAUCCACUGGAAACCAACAACUUUUGGAUUUGCGAAACUCUUCCAAUAGGCAGUGGUUGUGUAGCAGAUGGUAACAACGAUGGUCACAGAGCAAAUCUGUUAAGCAAAGAUUUAAAAUCCAUUGGCAUUUCUUCGGUUGUAAGCAAAAAAGAUGGUUAUACUUAUUGGACCCAAGAUUUUGAUUCAGAGGUUUGUCCAGCUGGUUUAUCAUCACCCAUCCAUUCAGGCAGUCACAUAAUCUAUUCAAAUAAAUGUAUAUAUGGUGCCACAUUUUAUGACAAUGCUUUGGAUAAUCAAAACAAUCAAGUUAAAGGAACCAUAUAUAUAAAUAAAAAGCCAAUCGCUUUAGAGUUACAGUAUGGAAAAGAAGCAAAAGGUGUUUAUGUUCACACUGCAACCAAAUAUGCCAAAACCGACAAAUAUUAUUUCCAAUUUGAUGUUACCAAUACAAAAACAAAAUCAUCAAGUUCAUUUAGAUAUCCAGAAAAGGGUUCAUUGGUAACCUUGGUCGAUUUUAACGACAAUAGCCCAUCAUGGGUUAAAGAUUAAACCUUUUAUAUUUUAGGAAAAAAAAAAAGAAGAAAACAAAUAAAUAAAUAGUAUAAUUUAUAAAAU